GGCCAGAGACGGUAAUCUAUCACAGUGGCAGUGCAGAACACUCAGCCUUGUGCCAGUUCAGAACAUUCCGUCGACAAGUGAAUGGUGCCCACAACCAGAGGAAAGAAGACCGACUAGAAGAGGAUUUGACGAUCAGAUUUCUGGAAGAAUGAAGGAAAUAUAGAGGAGUUACAAGUCGUAAACACAGUACCAAGGUGUCAAGGAGAAGCUAUCCUGUUCAUCUGUAAGGAUCUGUAAAUCUGUUCGAACUUUGUGGAGGCACAAUUCGCGGCUAGGAGAGGCGAGGGCUAAGCCUGAAAUAAUCUGACCCAUUUCGUAUUCGACAGUUGACCACCUUGACUGUGCCUCGAUCUCAGCGGAGGAAAGCCACGGCCUCAGCCUUAGCGAUCGAUGAACUGUGGAUCUAUUCGCUUCAUCUCUCUAUGCGUCCCCGAAAGAAAUGUCUAGUAUAUUAGAGCGUCUGCGAUGGAUGAUUGCUGGUUUGAACAGACCAACUGUGACGCCUAGGAAAUUGAAUAGUACUGAAGAUAGACCCACAACAUUGUCACAGCGGCAGCAUGUCCCACUAACUAAGUCUAAUAACAGCUCUAUAUCAUACCAUAUGAAUUCGAGGCCCAUGUUGGAUGCUGUGUGUGAGAUUGCCAUCUACAUUCACCGGUUUCACAACCUGGACCUAUUCCAGCAAGGAUGGUAUCAAAUUAAGAUUACAAUGAGGUGGGAGGAUGAUGGUUAUGAUUCAGCUGGAACUCCAUCAAGAGUUGUUCAAUAUGAAGCUCCUGAUAUGGGCUCUGAUCACAUAUGUGGAGUGUGGAUGAUUGAUGACACUGACAACAGUUACUUCACACAGCCAUUUAGGAUCAAAUAUGCGAGGCAGGAUAUCCUUCUCUCGGUGUUGGUCUCAUUUAGUUUAUCUCUCAGUAAAUACGAGGGUGCAUAUUCUUCUGCAAUUAUUCUGAAAUUUGAGCUUCUAUAUGCACCUGUAUUGGAAAACAGGUCUGGUAUGCCCGCCUCGUUAGGCACAAAACCUGUAGCAGUUCAUGAAUUUCGAAUUCCUCCCAAGGCUCUUCUGGGAAUGCACUCUUACUGCCCUGUUCAUUUUGAUGCUUUCCAUGCUGUACUUGUUGAUGCAAGUGUUCACAUAUGUUUAUUAAAACGUGGUAUCCACAUCCCCUCAUCAAAGGUAGCAAGUGAAGAUGCUUCAGCUGAAGACUUUGAUAGAGCAAAGCAAAUUCUGCUUGUCAAAGGAUUCAUAACUGCUCGUGCCAUAUUGCUUGAAGAGCUAAAGAAAGUCAGCAAGGCUAUUAAUCAAGCUAUUGAUGUAAAUGAUUUUUCUGCCAAGCAUGAGGAUAAAGAACUGUUGAGUUUGAACCAAAAUUCUGUUUCUUCAACAGAAGAUGAUCAGGUUUCACAACAGUUGUCAAGCCAAAAGCAGAAUGUGUCUCAGAAACAAAAUGGCUUGACUGAUUUAGAAAGUGAAGAAGCUCUUCAAUCUCUAUCCAAUGAUGAACUAUUGGGCAUGUUUCAUUCUUUUGGCAACCAAGUUUUUUACUUAUGGAGUGUAUUCCUAAAGUUUCACAGGGUUCACAGAACAUCAAUUUUGGAUUUCCUUAUAACUCAAUGGGCCAUUGAUAGAAGAGCCGAAUGGUCAAUAUGGAUGGUUCAUUCUAAAGUUGAGAUGCCUCAUCAAUAUAUUAGUAGUGACAUUGAUAGUUCUUCAUACCAUGGUACCUAUGGGAGACCACCUAUUACCCGGAAGCUCACAGAAGAUCCUGCCCAAACUGCAGCUAUGCGAGCUGAACUUCAUCGGCGGAGUAUUGCACAAAUGAGGAUUAACAAUUCCUCAAUCCAAGACUUGCAAAUUUUUGGAGAUCCGUCGCACAUUCCAAUUGUGAUUGUAGAACAUGUUGUAAAUGCCCCUGUGCGUUCAACUAGUAGAAAUUCAUACUCAAAUCAUCUAGAGCAAAAUGAUGCAAAUAUCUUUCUUCGUGAGAUGAUCAAUUCCAAAGCCAUAAAGAAGUCAUUUGAUGAAAACCCUCAGAAUGGACGAGAUCUGAAAAUUGUUGUCUUUGUCCAUGGAUUUCAGGGGCAUCAUUUAGACUUGCGUCUUGUCAGGAACCAAUGGCUUUUGAUAGAUCCUAAGGUAGAGUUUCUGAUGUCAGAGGUUAAUGAAGAGAAAACUUCUGGGGAUUUCAGAGAAAUGGGAGUAAGGCUUUCUCAGGAAGUAACUUCUUUUGUGAAAAAGAAGAUGGAGAAGGCCACAAAACAUGGAAAUUUGAAAAGCAUCAAGAUCAGCUUUGUCGGUCAUUCCAUUGGGAACAUCAUAUUAAGGACUGCAUUAACAGAGAGCAUUAUGGAACCAUAUCUCAGAUAUCUGCAUACAUACAUUUCUAUAUCUGGCCCACAUCUUGGUUACUUGUACAGUUCAAAUUCUUUAUUUAACUCUGGGCUGUGGCUUUUGAAGAAGCUCAAGGGCACCCAGUGCAUUCACCAGCUUACUUUUACCGAUGACCCCGAUAUUCAAAAUACUUUCUUGUACAAACUUUGCAAGCGGAAGACCUUGGAGAAGUUCAGGAAUAUUAUCUUGUUAUCAUCUCCACAGGAUGGGUACGUUCCAUACCAUUCAGCUAGGAUAGAGAUGUGCCAAGCAUCUUCAGUAGACAACUCAAAGAAGGGGAAAGUUUUUAUGGAGAUGCUCAACCAUUGCUUGGACCAAUUACGCGCCCCUUCAUGUGAUCACCGGGUUUUCAUGCGGUGCGAUGUGAAUUUUGACAUAUCCUUGCAGGGGAAGAACUUGAACACCAUGAUCGGAAGGGCUGCUCAUAUUGAGUUUCUUGAAUCUGACGCUUUUGUGAAAUUCAUCAUGUGGUCGUUUCCAGAACUCUUCCAUUGAUUGCUUAUAAGAUGGAUGCUUAUGAUGACAGGCAGUUUUACUUGCUGCAUAUUGCACCUGGGAGGAGCUUUGCAAUUUCUUGGUACAGUUUUUAGUAUCAGAUAGGUUUAAUUAGUUCUCUUCGGUGAUUGUAUCCUCCUAGCAUUGACCCGAGUAAACAAGUUAAUUUUUAUUUAUUUAUUUAUUUAUUUAUUUAUUGAUUUGAGAAAUAGUGCAGCCACAGAUUUGAUGGAAUUUUAGUCGUGACUAGGUAAGUAGUUUAAGAUUGUGCACAACUUGUGUGCUACUCUUAAUAGUAUAUGUAUAAAAUAAAUAGUAAUGUUAAUAAUAAUAUUAUUAAUAUUAUUUAAAUAAGUAUUCCGUAUAUGAGUAAAUGAG